UCACCUUUCCGCCCCAGACUGGAAACAGAGGAGCCACCACUGACCUGGGAAGGGUUGGACAUGUCUGAGGCACUGUCCUGCCCCAGCAAUGAGACCCCUGCCCCUGGUUGUCACCUGAAGACCCUGUACUGGACCUGUGUCCACAACGACCCCACUGAGCUCCAAGCCAGGCUGGAUGUCGGGGUCUCCCCAGAGGAGGUUUCCCAAGUGGACAGCAAUGGGAGGACAGGUCUCAUGGUUGCGUGCUACCGCGGCUUUGGUGCCAUUGUGGUUCUGCUCAGCUCCUGUCCUUUCCUGGAUGUGAACCAGCAGGAUAAAGAUGGAAACACAGCCCUCAUGCUGGCUGCUCAAGCAGGUCACACAUCCCUGGUGACUCUCCUGCUGAACUACUUUGCUGGCCUGGACCUGGAGCGCAGGGACCAGCGGGGACUCACAGCUCUGAUGAAGGCUGCCGUUCGUGACCGCUCUGAGUGUGCUGACCUGAGCUCCGUGGAUCCCGUCCGGGGCAAGACAGCCUUAGAGUGGGCCGUUCUGACGGACAGCUUUGACACCGUGCGGAAGAUCCGGCAGCUGCUGAGGCGACCCCAGGCAGAGCAGCUCAGCCUGCAGUACCAGCCAGAGUGGCCAGCCUUGGCCCAGCUUGUGGCCCAGGCCCAGGCCCAGGCUGCCCCAUCCCUCCUAGAAAGGCUGCAAGCUACCCUGAGCCUCUCUUUUGCUGAGUCUCCGCAGGAAGGGGGUGUUCUGGACCACUUUGUGACGGUCACCACCAGCUUGGCCAGCCCCUUCCUCACCACCGCCUGCCACACACUGUGCCCCGAUCACCCACCCAUGCUGGGCACUCGAGGCAAGUCAGUGCCUGAGCUGUUGGGCACCGUCCCUCCCCCUCCCCCAGCACCCCACCCUCCUCAGGCUGUCCCUGUCCCCCAGGUCUUUAUCCCCUACCAGAGCCCUCGGAGUGUGCUCUCCCAGUGGUUACAGUCCAGGGACGGUACUGGUGCCAGGUCCCAAAUCCCCAAGAUCCUCCUCUCCAAGGCGCCCUCUUCCCCUACCCAGUACGAAGAGUUGAUACUCAGGCCUGCAGGGCAGCGAAGUCUGGCUCUUCCUCUCUGGAGAUACCAGGAGAAGAAGAAGCAGGAAGACGAAGCUAAGAACCAUGGGGAGGUGGGCUAGGCCAAGCUAGAGGCGAGUAAGACACAUUCCUGUCUGGGGCUUCUUCUGCUUCCCAGAUGCCUCUGCCCUGAGGAACCUGCUUCCACCGAACGUACAAAGUUGUCCACAGUAGUGUCUGCAGGAGGGAACAGGACCAACCCAGUGUCUGCCGGCAGGGGAUCGGCUACAGCGAUUGUGGUGGUAAUACCUAUACGCUGGAUUCUGUGUAGUAUAUCAUAAAGCAGGAGAAAGCAAGCUGUUCUCACACGGAAUCUAUCUUUCGGUUGUACCAAGCAGACAACCCAGGGUAGAAAAGCAUGCAGGCAUGGCAUUUGUCAGAGAGGACGUCUCCCCUCAGGUAACCACGUUUGUCAGGACAUCUUUAUCCUCAACUCUGUGUGAUUUAGAAUCACACAAAAGAGAUGCCUCUGGGUACCCACCUGAACUUGAAGAGCACCGCCUGAUGAACUGGGGCCCCAGACUGAAUGAAAAGGAGGACCCCAGCACGGCAUCCCCUCUGUUACCUAACUGCAGAUGCAACGUGGCCUGCCCCCUCCGGCUCCCACUGCUGUGCUCGCCUUGUGGACUGAACGGGAGCAGUAACUAAUGCAGAUUACCUCGGACAUGUCAUGAGUACCGAAAGCUAUGUAAGGACUUAGAAAGUGGGGCAGCAGGAUGGAUCCAAGGAGGAAAUGGAGGACUGUGGAGCAAGGGGUGCGGGAAGAAGAUUGCAAAGUUAGAAGAAAAUAAGUUCCCAACCACAGGAAAACUUUUUUGUUUUUACUUUUUUGCCAAACAAAAAUGAUUCAGGGGCUGGAGAAGACAGAUCAGAUUAGAGCCCUGGCUGCUCCUGCAGAGGACCCAGGUUUGGGUCCCAGCACCCAGCUGUAGGGGAUCUGAUGCCCUAUUUUGAUUUCCUUGGGCACCGGGCACUCGCUUGGUGCCUGGAGCUACAU